AUGGCAGACAUCAUGAAUCUCUUCUUGCCCAACCUUGGCUUCGGCUGGUCUCCUACCGCCUGGAUGUACCUGUUCAUCGCCCUUUGGCUUCAUCGAUACACCCGCCUCCUCGUCAACUGCGUCAGCCACUGGGUCUACAAAUCCAAGCCGAUUCCCGCCAACCCUACUUUCACGGCUGACGACGUUACCGUCAUCAUCCCCACCAUUCACAAUGUCUUUGAGGAGCUUCGUCCUUCUCUGCUCAGCAUUAUCGCCUGCAACCCUCGCGUUCUGAUGCUCGUGACUACCAGCGAGAAGCAUGCCUCUCUUGAGAAGCUUGCUCGCAGCCUUCCUCACCCUAACGUUCAGGUCUACUCUACUCCAAUUGCCAACAAGCGUCUUCAAGUUUGCGAGGCUCUACCCAAGGUUACGACCAAGCUCACCAUCAUGGCCGACGACGAUGUCACCUGGCCUUCUACCAUGAUGCCCUGGAUCCUCGCUCCCUUCGAAGACCCCAAGAUUGGUGGCGUCGGCACCUGCCAGAGAGUUAAGCGCGUCUGGGAUGGCCCGCUGUCCACUCGCAUCUUCAACUGGCUCGGUGCUGCUUACAUUGAGAGACGCAACUUCGAGAUCUCGGCCACGCACAACCUCGAUGGCGGUACAUCCUGCAUGUCUGGCCGAACUGGUGCCUACCGAUCUGAGAUUCUGUCCAGCCACGACUUCCUUGAGGGCUUCAAGACCGAGAAGUGGGGCAAGUACAUCCUCAACGCCGACGACGACAACUUUGUCACUCGCUGGCUCGUCAGCCAUCAGUGGAAGACAUGGAUCCAGUACGAGAAGGAGUGCGAGCUUGAGACCACUCUGGAGAACAGCACCAAGUUCCUCUACCAGUGCUCUCGCUGGGCUCGCAGCAACUGGCGCAGCAACUGGACCAGUCUUGUCCGUGAGAGAUACGUUCUCACUCAGCAGCCCUGGUGCACCUAUGCUCUCCACAUUGCGACCUUCACUUCCUUGGCAUUCCUCUUCGACCCCCUCAUCAUCUUCGCUUUGUGGAAGGGUACCGCCGACUGGGAUGUUGAGAGCCGCCGCCAGGCCCUCUGGGCUCAGAUCAUCUUCGUGUUCGGCUUCACCAAGGUCGUCAAGCUCGUGAACCUCUUCCGUCGCAACCCUAGCGACAUCCUCUUCCUCCCUGUCUCUAUCCUGUUCGGAUGGGCCCAUGGAAUCAUCAAGCUCUACGCCUUGUCUACCCUCAAGAUGACCUCCUGGGGCAGCAGAGCCGAUGGUGAUACCAACGACGACAUCCGUCUGACUCCUCGUCCCAAGCGAGCCAUGAGUCUUACUACGCCUCCUGGUGGCCAGGAUCUCGUCCGCUACCGCUUCGAGCGCCAGAUGACCGAAAAGGUCUCGGACUGGCACCGCCCGGCUAACGAGGCGCGCCGACCCCAGACUGUGCGCAUGAACACCUUCCCCGCGAAGGAUAUCAAGGCGCCUCACGUCACCUUCUCCCUCCUGGAGCACCCCACGGACUAG